CGCAUUGUACUUGGGCGUCGCUUUCUGAUUACAUCACUGUUUGAGGAAACGGCUGUAAACGUGCGUUCGCUGCGAGGCUGUGAAUCGGACAACGGUGAAAAAGCUUUAGCGUCGCCUGUGUGGUUUUUGACAGUUUUUCUACGCCAUGUCAUCUCUUCUGAAGGUGAACAGCGAGCUAAAGGCCAAGGUGGAAACAUUUAGGGAGCAGAUCACCAGUGAGGCAGAGCACCUGGUGGCCAGCUUUUUUCCUAAAAAACUCCUGGAGUUGGAUUACUUCCUUAAGGAGCCCAUUUUCAACGUGGCUGACCUGAAAGAAAUCCAUUCAGAGAUCAAGUGCAAAGUCCCAGAACCGAUUCUCUUCACUAACAGCCAUGAUGGCAUUGAUAUAAACUACAGGAAGAGGAAAUUAGAAGAUGAUGUCCCUGGUGGGAACUGGCAAGGGGAGAUGAUGAAAUGUAACGCCAAGCUGGUGGACCUGAUUGAACGAGUCAAACCAGAGAUCAGGACACUGAUUGAGAAGUGUAAUACAGUAAAGAUGUGGGUCCAGCUGCUGAUCCCCAGAAUAGAGGAUGGAAACAACUUUGGAGUCUCUAUACAGGAAGAGACUGUAACAGAGCUGAGGACAGUGGAGUCAGAGGCAGCAUCUUACCUGGACCAGAUCUCCAGAUAUUAUAUCACCAGAGCCAAGCUUGUCUCUAAAAUUGCCAAGUACCCUCAUGUGGAGGACUACAGAAGAACCGUGUCAGAGAUUGAUGAGAAGGAGUACAUCAGUCUGAAGAUCAUAGUUUCAGAGCUCAGGAAUCAAUAUGUGAUUCUUCAUGACAUGAUCCUGAAAAACAUUGAGAAGAUCAAGAUACCCAGAAGCAGCAACUCUGAAGCUCUAUACUGACAGCUCCAACAAACACACACACACGCACACACACACAUACACACACACACACAUUUAUGUUACUCCCCUCUCAGAUGUGCAGAGUUGUGGGAUCCUCCUCUGUCUGGUUUCAGCCUUAAUCUAGAGUCACUGACAUGGUUUCUGGCACGUAACCUUCAGUUUCGGCUCUUUGGGACCUGAUCUCUGACCUUUUCCCAUAAGUAUCCCGACUGCAUGCUGUUACAAAGAGCACCUAUAUGGCCUGGCUCUAAUCUGCUGCUCCAUUGGGACUGUAGCUCCAAGGUUCCCGCUGGUUUCUCUUCCUGUCUCGGUUAUCUGCUGGUGUGGUCUUGUGGAUGCUGUACUCUCCCAGUAUUUAUCAUCUGUUUUGAAUGUGGUUUUUUUUUUUUCGAGUUUUGUUUUUCAAGGUUUUCUUUUUUUGGCCUGUGUUGCUUGAACCACCCAGGGACAGUUCCCUUUGUCCCAUUUUGCCCCUGCCUCUGAGGCUCUCUGAGCACACUGCUUUCCAGGAAAAGAAUAUGGAAUUUAAAACUCCACUCAGUUCUCCCCUAGUUGGUCUUAAACUGUCGAGGGACCUACUUCACAGAUAUUAUACAGACAGCUAUCCCCCUCCCCCAGACCACAGCUGUAGUUCUUCAGCUGAAGUGUUGCUGUUAGCCUGAUAUACAGAGGAUUUGAUGUAUCUAGACUUACUCCAUAUCUAACGGAGGAUUCUUGCUCUUCACAUGAGAGUUCAUUGUUUCUCCCCCAGCCUUUUAUUGAAAGUCCUGUGCUUGUUGUAUUACUGACACCUGGGGAUACUCAUCAGAUUGACUCAGCCCAAUGCUGCAUUCUAUUGUAGUUGGAACUCAGAAUAAAAACAAUCUCCGACACUGAAAAGUGCAAUGAAACGUUCACAUAUGUGACACCAAGCCUGACUUCCUGGCCAAAACACAAAUGACGUCAGAGCAGUAUGGCUGCACACACAGUGAACAAUUACCAAUUAUGUAUCACCUUUUACUUUAUGUAGUGUUUGUGUUGUGAAACGUACUGUAACAGCUUUGUAGUUGCAAUUUUCAUUUCAAUAUAGUUGAAAUGUGCUUGAUAAAGGUCUUUGUGAGCAUGUAGCAGAAGCCUACUCCUCCUGUCUCUAUUAAGUGCCCUAAUCAGAUAAAUCAGCUGCUCUACUCCCUUGUGAAGUUAUCAAACCUCCCAUAAAAACAUCCGUUUGCCACAGGCAUCCAUGUCAGCAGAUGCACUGGGACGCAUUUAGAUUGGAAAUCUGGAAUAAUGACUCGGAAACAUCGACUUCCGACUUGCAUUGGAUUGCAGCAUAACUUCAACCUCAGCCUGAGCAGAGGUCUGAUUAGUUAAUAAAAACAGAAUAAGUGAAAACACCUGUUUGUGGUGGCCCAUCAAGUUUCUAAAAGAACAGGCCAUAAUUUCUUCAAGCAAGACAGAUUUACUGCUGGUCAGGAAUUGACCUGUCUGGCUUUCAAUCAGAAUGAACUCUUACAAGCAAAACGUGAUGAUCUUUGUAUUUUGUUCACAUCAUAAUCAGACAUUGAAGCCUGGUGCGUUUGUAACAUGGCAGUACUGCGGGAAAUAAUGGCAGUUAGGGAAUGACUUUAAGGUGGUUUAAUACAGGUUUGAAUUUUAAUUUCAACAGACCUCAGUGCAUGCAUGAAGGUCAGGUCUGUCACUUUUUCACAAAAUCUAGUUCUAGCAAAUGUAAACUAAUGCAUUCAUUUAAUCUUGCAUAUAGAUUGGAAUGCAACACAUACAAGCAUUCUCCAGUGUCAAGCCAGAAACGGUGUGAUUGGCCCCUCUUUCCAGUAAGACUGAUUGUAUGAACUGUGUCUUUGCUUCAAGGAGCAGCCAAAGGGCCAGGUCAUCAGUUGAGGUGAAUAACAACAGUGUUUUAUAAUAUCAUGUGUAAUAUUCAUGAAGCUGUGUUUAUUAGCAGGCUAGUCUUGCCAACACUAGUAGUUUAUAACACUUAGAAACCUCCCACUUUUUUUUUUCUGCCCCUCCUGCUUUUUGCCUCACGAUGAGCACAUUUGAACAGACAAGAUCAGCCACUCCACUGCAUUACCUAUGUUACAAGCUAACAUAACAAGACUGCAGCAUUCAGUCAGCAAAGACUGCAUACAGACAGGGAGAGCAUUAAAGGAACCUCUAAAGUACAACGUACAAGUCACAGGUUGUGAUUUAUAAGCUCACAUAUUCUUUUGUCUUCAAGAGGAAAUAGUAAACUUUUCACCUCUCCUCCCUCCCAAUGUUUCCAUGUGGUAGAUAAGUGUUGUAGCAACAUGAUUACUGUUAGCAUCCAGACAACUGUCCAAAGCAACGAAACAGCUGUAAGAAUUUCCAAUUUGACAUUGGAACCUUGAUGUCAGUGCUGUGAAAGGGCAGAUAAACAGCCGGUUUUGUUGAUAAGAAGCCAGGUUUUGAUACUUACUAAUCUAGAUGUGAAAAAAAACGGUUUUGAACCGUCUCAAGUCACGGUGACAAGAAACACACAUCAAACAGGAACCAGACUUUGACACAACACCGGAGUGCUCUCAAUCCAGUGAAUGCCCAUCCGUUCACUCUUGUUUUACCUCAGUUUUUAUCUCUCUCCAUCUUCACCUUCUUUGCCUUCUCCAUCAGCAGGUUCAUUUUUCUUCUGCAGUUUCCCUCAGUUAUUCCAGUUGUUCCACCGUUAUCUGAAUGUCUCUUCCUAUUUUGGUUGUGUUAUAGCAGAUGCCCUCCUCGUUUUUCCAGGAAAAAUCUCAUAGCUGUGUGAAACCAGUUUAAAGUAACUCUCACAUGUCUAUAUGUUAGCUGAUAUGAGACAAUGGACUCUGUGUCUUUGAAAUAGUUAUCAUUGUAUCUCUUUCUGAUUGAUUAGCAACUGAACAGACGAUGGGUAACAUUCUAGAAGGACACCCAGGCAAAUUUAAAGGUUGUUUUUACCUUGAAAUAUGGACCAGUGGCCCUCUGGAUUUUCUAGAUCAGUUGUCUCUUCCGUUGCCAAUCAAUCGAGAAGCAGUCAGACUCCCUACAUUUUAUACGACUUCCAAACUGGAACACAGCAGUACCACAUUUAAGCCUCCCACAUGGGCCUGAUGUCAGAGGAAACUAGUGGUCAGGCAAAUAUGGUUGAUGGGUGAUACAAUUGCAGUGUAUGUCUUAGAUAUGUUAUUCAUACAUUAUUUUUGUGUAAUUAAGACAAACAGACUUCCUGUGUAAGCCCCACCCAAUCUGUACUUGUGAACAGGUACAAACAGCAGAUUAUUCUUACACCCUGAGUCUCUAAUGCAUGUCUAGUAUAAUUCAGUCCUAUUAGACUAUCAUUUAUAACUUAUCCGAUUAACAAAACAACACUGAGCGCAACUGAGCGUGUUGACACAAAAGCACACACUUCACGUGUUGGAGCUCUGGUGAACUGUGAUCCACGUGGUUAUCCUAGCAUGUUUUUUCACAUGGCAACAUUUAGUAGCUAUUCCUGAUUGCUGCUAACGCUGUCAGCAGAGCCAGCCAGAUGCACGCAUCACAGCAUCUGAAAAAAAAAUCCAACACCAUUGUGUAAUUGGCAGGACAUUGAUUUAUUUGGGCAGGCUUCCCAUUGGCUGUGCUACUAGCAUGUUUGUUUGUGGAGGAAUCAGUGUUGUACAUUCCAGGCUACUUUUAAUCAGCAGGAUGUUGUGAAGUUCUGACAGAGGGCCAGAAGUCUGCAGGGCUUCUGGCCUUCUGUCACACAGUAGUAGUAGCAGCCACACAGUAGCAGAUCUUUCCUGUCUGUAUUAUAGAUAUAUUCAGCUCCCUUCACCCCACAAACAUCCCCAAACAAGCUUGUGAGAAUACACUAUUACUCUACUUCACUCUAUUUGUGUGGGAAUAUGCACAGUGUCAGCACUGCAUCAACUGAAAAUCUUAAAAUGUAUUAAAACCACAUUCUAACACACAAGAUAUUAGAAUUGGUAAAAUGGCAAGAGCCACUUUAAGGUGCUUGCUAAUUCAGUUUAUAUUGUGCCUUUAGGUGCAUCUUAUCAAAUGACCAUGAACACAGAGAGCACAGAGUGAACCCUUAAAUUGGAGUGAACCCUUGAGAAUUGGAGGGUAUACAGCAGUUGCCAACUGUCAUUCUUCUAACUUGUGUCUGUUGUCGCUUUCUUUUUAAGAUUUUACAUAAUAAAAACAUUAUUUUUAAAGAAUC